UUUCAGUGCUCAAUAUGUCAUGAGCAGGACGAUUGUCAGAGCCCCUUGCACGUAUAUAAGGUGCGUGAGACCAAGGACCUAGAAGUGGGAACCUGACGCAACAUGGCUUUACAACCCAACCUCCGCCCCCUCAUUAUCGCGGGUUCGCCAGACGCGCCGCAUACGCUGGACUGUUUCCUUGAUUAUGUCUGCUCCUAUAGCACAAAGCUCGGCAACACCAUAGAGAACGUGCUAAAGCCCCUGUUCGAUCCGAAUGGGAACGGAAAAUACGCCGGGAAAGUAAAGGUCAUCUUCCGAAACCAAGUGCAGCCGUGGCACGGCACGUCCAUCCUUUUGCAUGAAGCCGGCCUCGCGAUGGUGCGCGUCGCGCCCGAGCAGCUUUGGCCGUUCUCGCUCGCCAUAUGGGCUCACCACAGGGAAUAUCAUGACUUGCCUGCCGCAGACAUGACCCCUCGCCAAGUACGCCACAAGAUAGCCGAUCUGGCUGUACAAUUUAUCGGCGAGGGGAAGCGUCAGGCCUUCCUCGACCUCCUAACGAACAGCGAGGCGCAACCCAAUUAUGGCGUCGCAGUGACCAAUGAUCUCAAGUACACAGUUCGUUUCAGCCGCCAGAAUAGCAUUCAUGUCUCACCAACAGUGCUCUUUGACGGGGUAGCAGCGCCUGAGAUAUCAAGCUCCUGGGGGGAGAAGGAGUGGCUGGAAUGGCUUGGAAAGAAAGUGACGGUCUAGGGGUAGCAUGGGAUGCCUUGGUACUUGGCAUAAAUGUUUGUUCAAUGUUUUACCCUCCUCAAACAAGGAAGAGUCUGUUCAGAGUUAGCUUGCAGCUGUCAAAAAAACU